AUGUCUCCUACCGAUGUCUCCACCUAUUCUCUGCCCUCACAACCCGUACUUCGAGCUCACUCUCCUUCCGGAAGAUUCUACACCUCGUCUUCGUCAAACUCGUUUGCUUCCUCCACCUCCAUCUUCUCGCCGAGCUCGUCGUCGUUCUUUCAGAACCGAUCUACGUCACCUACGCGUGUCAACGUAUACAGAUCAUCUCCAUCGGCAUCGAAUAUACGAUUUUCACUUGUCAAUCGUCAAAUUUCUCCGAGUCGUUCGAUCUCUGUAAUUCCGAGGAGUAAUAAUAGUAAUCAAGCGUUGAAAAAGAAGAUGGAUAAACCGAGGAGGAUGUGUAUGUAUUUGCCUACUUCGCUUCCAGGCAAGUUGUUCAAUGAAAUGCCAGGAGACGAGUUUUGGUCUGAAAUAAAAGCCAUCAGAUGGUAUCAUGUUUCUGUUGACCCACCCUUUACCGGACUUCCAUGGUUAGUGCUAGAUAAUACAUUGACUUGCAUACAGUUUAAUCCUAUUGAUGAUAGAUACUUCAUUAGUGGAUCUAUAGAUGCAAAACUUCACAUAUUGAGUAUUCCUAAUAGACAAGUUGCUAAUUGGAAUGAUUUGCAUGAAAUGGUCACUGUUGCUUGCUAUACACCAGAUGGUCAGUUGGAGUCGCAAGACUCAGGGAUGAGUAGAGAUGAUGCUUAUGAAGGAUCGUGGUCUGAGUUGAGUAAUCGAACAAUAGAUGAGACGUUACCUUCUGUGACAAGAGUUGCACUGUCCCCAUUUCCUGGGAGAAGCAAAAGAGAUAACGAGCUUCUGGUUUUAGAGUUUGGAGAGCCAAGACUAAUUUGGGUAGUUGGGAUACCCGGUGAUGUGUCGGUACAAGGUUUCAAGAUGGCUAGAGGCAGUCACGUAGGGAGGAUUUCGAGGAUUUCAUAUGAGAUUCGGGAUAUUUGGAGUGGCUUGGUCUUUAUCAAGAAGAUCAUCGAGUGUUACGUGGGGAGAACUGGGUAUUCUAUUAAGAGGAUCAACGAUCCGUUCAAGCACGGUUACAGAACUGGUUAUGGAGAUCUGUGGUGCGGACACAUGAGACCUGGGUUAUUGGUAGAUGAGACGAGGUGCAAGGAGAGAUGA